CCUUUCGGACGUCAAUCAUGUACCCAAAUAUUUUUGCUACUUCUCUGUGGAGAUGUCCAGAAACAAAGGCCAUAGUUUUGCUCUGAUUUUGGUUUUGCUUGCACCUUGUAUUCGAAUUCGAAUUUUGUCUGUCUCCCGCCAUUCUGAUUAACGAAAUAAAAACAAAAAAAAAUAGACGAUCCUCCAGUUGUGUUUGACAGGAUCAGAAAAAAUGUGCUCUUCAUCUGCCCUCUUGAUGCGUUUGUUUUCUCCAACACUUGCGGUAGCGCUUGCGCACGGCUUUGCCACUCUCUCCCAUCCUGCGUCCGCUGCUCCUGUAGAUACGACUGUGGGAGGACUAUCAGCAGCGCAAGAGCAAGAGGAAACAAUUCGAAGGAGCACAAGGGAUAACCCUGAACCUGAGCCCCUGAGUUUGGAGGAGAGAUUUCCGGCCCCGAUUCUAGACAACAUUUUGGCGCAUCUUUACGAGCAGGAGGAGACGACGGUGCCUGCUUCUGGUCCAAGGAACACGACGGAUAUCACUGGACAGAAUGCCAAUGCCGUGCCAGCGCCGGGCGUUGCCAAAGUAUCGAACGCUAUCCCUGGCAUAGCAGUGCUUUCACGUGAAGAGGCUGCCAUUCAGAUGUCUAGGAGCGUGGUCCACAGACUACGGAACUACUUUGCUCAUCUGGCUCAGGAGAUUCGUUCGCGCGACUGCAACAUUAAAGGUAGGACCAAGCACAUUUCUGAGUCUGACUACGAGCUCGAUGAUCAGCUGUCAACUAUUCAGGAGGUGGCUGCGCACAAAAAUAAUCGAAAUAAAAAGCGACAACACCAACAACAAGCGGCACCAGGUCGCCAGAGUAAGCGAAAGCGAAGAAUCGCGAAGAACCGUCGGCGCGCUGUGUCAGAGGCAGAUGAUUCGUCGUCGACGACGGGAACGGAUGAAGAUCUUUGCGACCAACGCCGAGAGAAAAAUCUUCCUGCUCGUCCCCGGUACUCCCACAAGCAGCGAAACACGCAGAAGAAACGGAAGCACUUUGUUGGCAGCGGAAGCAGCUGUAGCAGUAGCACGACUCAGACUCAGCAGUGCUGGACCAAGCAGGACCAAGACUGCGCACCACUGACACGCAGCAAGAGUCGCAAACAGAGGUACGAGAUGUUGGUCAAAUUUCUAACCCGCCCCGACUCGUUCUUCGCCAGCUCAAAUUUGCCGGCAAGGGGUCUUCUUGGCGCAAGCAAGUUUUUCUGGAAAAGCGAGGAAAUGAAUAAAACGAACUCGAGUAUCAAAAAUGGCAACGCCACGACGACGUCGAACACGAGUGCUGAACCUGCACCAACAUUACUUCUCCCGGCCUUGCAGCUGUUCCGCAGUUUGCACUUCCGCAAGCAGCUGAGAAAGCACAAGAGAAUUCUGGAUUACAACCGAAAUUCCCUCCCGCGGCACGGGUUCUACCAUUGCAGCGCGGUGUCGAGCUUUUUUGCAGGUGAUCAUUUACGCCCAGAACAGCAGGAGCACCACCGGUCCUCGGCCGAGGCAGACGAGGGCGGCUCGUAUUUGAAAAUCGGUUCGGACCAAGACCUCGCAACUUUGUUUAAUGUGGCGCAGAGCCACGAGUCGAACUACCCGCUGAUUUACUUCUCCACCACCGCACCAGAAUUUGUGCGACAGGAGAUCUGCGCUAACUGUCCCGAGCGGGACGCCAAGAAACGCGGGACGGUAUUUUCCGAACGUAUUUCCUGGUCCACAACAGAAACGCUCACGGAAACGACCGCACCUCGGACAGCCACACAGCCGUUCGGCAGGCGCGCGCGAAACCGCCGGCGCAAUCAGAGCGAGGCUGCACGAGCAGUGCCUGCUGCAGCAGCGCCCGCAUCUUCGUCCACGUAUGUUGCCGUUGUCACGCCGCCGUUCCACGAUUACCUAGCUCCCUCCGCGUUGCGAUUACCAACGUACACGAUCAGCAUCGGUGAAGGGGAGUACGCUCCUAUCUCUGGAAGGGUUCCGCACGCUGCCGCGACUCGCCGGGCUUCUUCUUCCUCGAGUACAGGCGCCCCGUCGGCGUUUGAAAGUAUCCAGAUGGCAGCGAGACGUGCGCGCAGAAGAAGCAGGAGUGAUCGUCCGCAAGUGGUCGAGGUAACGCAAACGCGGGAGGGUGGCGCGGGUGGAAAUGAACCGGCAGCCCCCGCUUUGUACCAAAAGUGGGAUAACCUCCACCGGCCCGGGAAUCAACUACGAGUCUUCGCAAGACCAGCAACCGUCAAGAAUGGAAGUAUACAUCGCAUCUUGCAGAGUUGGCACAGUAGAAAGCGGCACGGUCGUAUUAAAGAUUACGACAACAGAAAUGAUGCGGACCAAAGGACAGAUAGCGAGGGUGACGAGAGUAGUUCUGACGACGCGCGCUGUGUUGAAGAGGCUCGUCACGCCGAGACGGACCAAACGCCUAUUGAGAGCAGUCUUCUUUACAAGUAUCUGUUUUCCCCACCCAGUGCGGCUGAGAUCACUUCCUCAACAGCGUCAAGCUCAGGAUCGGCGGCUACGCUGGCCCAAGAAGUGAUGCGAACCGUGAGGGCUCCGAACUCCCACGAGGCUGCGGUAGCGUCUUUAACAAAGGGGAUCCUUGUUUUCGAAUCCGCGACAGUAGUCACAAAGAUAAAUUGUGACUCUGCUGACUGUGUAUAUCAGGUGUGUCACUACGAUCCGAACGUGCACGAGGCCGACAGUUUAAUUAGAAAGUAUAGCAGCCCGCCUUGAGGUUGAGCUUGACUAAGACUAUGCCUAAGACGAUGACCACUUCGAUGUUGAUGCAAGGGUUGCGCUUUGUUUUCGUCUCCUGCACCUGCACACGAAAGAUUUUGACUGUUUUGACUUUAUUUUACUCUAUCUUCUGCACGUUUUGGUCCUUAUUCAUUCUAAAUGCAAUGCACCAGCGGCAGUAUCAUCUGUACCAGAUGCCACUUUCCCUUGCAACAUGUCUCCUAUCGUACACUGUGUGGGAGCUGCUUUUUUUGAUUGCUAAACUGCAACAACAUGACACUUGCUACUUUUCUGGUGCGGUAU